AUGCUGUGCUACUCUAUUUGCUUUUUCCGAAGCCUCUGGCCCAGGGGUUCCAGGGAAGGAUUCGACAGUGCCCGAGAACUUGCUCAAUACCUGAUUAACCAUUACAAUGAUGUGAAUGAAGGGUUUGGGAGACCGCUCAGUCUCUAUGACAAGAAGGAAGGAGCCGAUCCUAGGAACUGGACCCUGGACUACAACCCAAUAAACUCCAUGUUUCAACCAAGGAUGGAUGCCUACUGGAACACCAAGAUAACAAGCCCCAUCAUGAGUGGUGACCGUGCUCUGGAAUACAUGGGUUACUUUUUCGAAACGAUGGAUAAACUGUUCAAAGUGAAGAGCGACAACAUGGACACGCUGCAAAUCUACUUCAUGCCAGCGGAGGGUAUGUGGACGGCACAGGAACUCAAGAGCGUUGUUCGUGCCAUCAUCCACUUCAAGGACGUUAUCGAGGAAUUUGUGGACCCAGACUUACACAAUGCCAAUCGUGAGUACGAUGCAACGAAGGAGAUGAAUCCAGAGGUCAAAGAGGCCCUGAUCAAUGGCUUGGAAUUAGCCACUAGCUUCGAUCACCUCCAUCAGUUCCUGAGCUCGUCUUCUGGCCUGGAGAAUUUCCGUAACUGGAAAUUCUGGCAGUGGCCUGGUGCCAAGUGCAAUACUUUGGUGUUUGUGCGCGAAUACAUCAGACUCUACAGCGAUGAGGAUAUCAAGAAUUGGUAUAUUUUCGUUGAUACAUUCAUCGGUGCAGCUAUGAAUUCGCACGGGCCAAACAUUUACAAAUUUGACGCAAAUAUGGAGGGGCUGCAGCAGUUUUUGCUGCGUUAUAACGAGGAUGUUGAUGUUCAAUGGUUGUGUGCUUUCACGUCUCCGCCGUCGGACAUGGUUUUGAGUAGUCAGGCGUUGACCAAGACCAAGAAGAAGGGUAGACACUGA